AUGCUCGACGGUCAGCUUCCCAGAAGAUAUCUCGAAAACUGGCUGACAUUUGUUGAUGCAUGCCACUUGUUGGUCAAGCCAUCGAUUACUGUGGAUGAUAUUGCAGAAGCAAACAAGCUGCUCCAGCAAUUUUGCACCGGGGCUGAACGGUUAAUCACCAAAACAACCAACGCCAUCAUCUUUGCCCACCCUCAAAACAGAAAUCACGGAGCAACAAAAGAUUUUUGGCAGUUGGAAACAAGCAUAGCACAAGCAGCGAAAGAUGGCACCGAUCCAGUGUCAGUGGAAGAAAAAGUGAUGGACUUUGCGUUGAGCUGCAACUACUACCAUCCCUCGCAACCACUCAUCUUGGAUGUGAGCGACAAAAACUGGAUCAAUGUUUUCACAGAGGCAGAAUUGCUAGAAAUCAAGAACAAAGGGGGCGCACUCGAAUGCACUCUACCAGGGCAUCAAACCUCAACAACUAAAGUUAAAACAAGCGCUGAAGUGUUUAAAUAUGCACGAAGUAUCAUAAUCAAUGAUCCGUUAACUGAACCUUUGGAAGUCUGGUUUUCGGCCGAACUACAAAAUGUUGCGCGCCUCUUUUUCAAAACACAUUCUUUCGAUAUAUAUAAUAUGCCUGAAACCGAUCAACAGUAUUUGGCAUUUGGUUUCUUCGCUACUGUGUUUCAAGGAUCUAACAUCGUACCAAAAGGUACCGAAACCUCCAGCGAAGCCAAUGCAAAUGCUGUAAACUCGUCUCGGCAACUGUCAUCAGUAACAGCGAUAUCGAAUCGUAAAAUGGGUCGACGGGGAGACACAAUUUUCAAAUACGGGUCAUUUGAACUUGGAUGUUCCGAAAGCAGGGCAUUGAUUUUGCUGUCUGCCAGGGCCAGUGGGCAGCUCGCCAUAUCCUCCAGGAAUGCUGGAAUAACUACGGAAGAUCCAGCAAGUCGAGAGCGGUUUCUAGGUAGACAACAAGAACCGGCUUCUGCGUCUGCUGCUCCUUUUGUUUCUGCUUCUCUUCCUGUUUCCGCUUCUGCUUUUCUUCCUGCCCCUGCCCCUGCCCAGUCCAAAGUUGUUGCUGCGCGAGACCAGACCAAAGCGUCCCGUGACUGUUCGAUGAAGAUGCCGCUGGUGUUAAGGGAUAUGUUACUUUACAGUAUUACGGGUGGCUCCACAUCACUUCUAGAUGUGAACAUCCCUGCUGGGUUUGUCACAAGAGUGCGCAAAACGGAACCAUUGAGAUUCCCGCACACAGACUCAAACUUGGUCUCUCGCCUGCUCCCUUUAAUGACACUGGCAUACAGUGGGAAAAAAAUCUUGGAUAAAACCGUUGAUCUGUUGGACGACGUUCCUGAAGCAAUAACCAUGUCAAGCAACGGUGCUCACUGGUGUCUCCCCCCAAAUCUUACCGUUCCGUCACCAUCUUCGUCAUCUUGGUCUUUACCAUCCAAGCGAUUAAGGCUGUCUUAG